AUGGAAAUUGAUGAGUUGAAAUCAGGCAUGAUUAAGCUUACCGAGAUGAUGCAAGUGUUGAUGGCUAGGACUGAUCCACCUCAGAGGACUGUUAUUUCUGAAGUCUCCACUGUUGUUGUUGAUCCUUUACAGGUUCAGAAGCCACCUUCUACUUGGCCAGAGUUUGGGUUACCUGAGAAUUUCUCUCCAACAUAUGUUAAUGCUUCUAUGGUGGGUCAAACUUCGAGGCAGAUAUUCCAACCUCCGGUCUUUUCUGAACCUCCACCUGUUGUUCAUACUACUGCUCAAGCUGUUCCAGCUCGUUAUGAAAAUCCUCUCUAUGAUUACCGUUCUGUUGGUUCUCGAAGUGUUAGUCAAGGAGAUUGUGGUGAAGUUGAAGAAGUCCGUGAGCAAUAUCAGGCAUUGGAAAAGAGGCUAAGAGCUAUGGAAGGAAGCAAUUUCUUUAGUGUGAAUGCUGAUAACAUGGGUCUUGUUUCAAAUCUUGUCAUGCCUUCCAAGUUCAAAUUAAGAAAAUUAGUGUUUGUUGAAGAAGGUGGUAGUAGUGUUAAUAUCAAUCUUUUGGCAAACAUGGCUAGUCCAAUUUCGCAUGUUCUUCAAGGUCCAUGGUUCACAAUAUUUGCCUCCAUUUUGAUCAUGGCAGCAGCAGGUUCUGGCUACAUGUUUGGCAUUUAUUCAAGUGAUAUCAAAUCCUCUCUUGGCUAUGAUCAAACCACUCUCAAUCUCCUCAGUUUCUUCAAAGACUUAGGCUUCAAUGUUGGUGUUCUUUCAGGCCUACUCAUGGAGGUAACCUCACCUUGGUUCAUUCUCUUGAUUGCUGCCCUUCUUAAUUUCUUUGGCUAUUUCAUGAUUUACCUUGCUGUAACGAAAAGGAUAUCGACGAAUCUUUGGCAAAUGUGUUUCUAUAUUUGCGUUGGUUCGAAUUCUCAAGCGUUUGCGAAUACUGCAGUUAUUGUGACGAGUGUGAAUAACUUUCCUGAGAGCCGAGGAGCUGUUUUGGGGCUUCUUAAAGGCUUUCUUGGCCUAAGUGCUGCGAUUAUUAACCAACUUUAUCAGGCCAUUUUUUUUCAUGAUUCGAAAGCUUUGAUUCUGCUUAUUGCUUGUUUGCCUGCUGUGAUUUCGAUUGCUUCUCUACGAACAAUUCGGUUUAUUAAGGUUGUGAAAGUGCCAAAUGAGCUUAGGAUUCUGUAUAGGUUCUUGUAUGCAUCUCUUUGUCUCGCUGGUUUUCUCAUGAUCAUUAUCAUAGUCCAGAAGAAGACGAACUUUACUCGAGCUGAGUAUGGUGUCAGUGCUGCUAUCACCACAAUCUUGUUGUUUUUGCCUCUUGUUAUUGCUGUAAAAGAAGGAUUUGGUUCUUGGAAGAGAAAAAAACAGGUCUUGCAUAAGGCUCCGGAAAUUAAGGUUGUAACAGAGAAGGCGAAUUCUGAGGAGCCGCCUAUAGCAUUAACAACCAACGAAGGACAAAAUCAAGAAAUCUCAUGCUGGAAAAUGGUGUUCCAGCCACCAUCUUAUGGGGAGGAUUAUACCAUCCUUCAAGCACUCUUCAGCAUAGAUAUGUUGAUUCUGUUCGUGGUGACUAUUUCAGGUGCUGGAGGAACGUUGACUCUAAUUGACAACUUGGGACAGAUUGGUUCUUCACUUGGCUACCCGAAAACGAGUAUCAACACAUUUGUGUCACUUUUGAGCAUAUGGAACUACCUAGGAAGAGUGGUGUCUGGGUUUCUAUCAGAACAUUUCUUGGCAAAAUACAAAUUCCCUCGUCCGCUUAUGCUCAGUAUAGUUCUUGCAGUACCAUGUGUCGGCUAUCUUCUCAUCGCCUUCGAUGUCCCAAAUGGUUUGUAUGUUGCAUCAUUGAUCAUAGGAUUUUGCGUGGGAGCGCAAUGGCCACUACAAUACGCCAUCAUUUCUGAGAUUUUUGGCCUCAAGUACUACUCGACUCUGUACAAUUUUGGGUCAGUAGCUAGUCCAAUAGGUCUGUAUGUGCUCAAUGUGAAGGUUGUUGGGAAUUUAUAUGACAAGAAAGCUGAAAGGCAACUAAGAGCAUUGGGACGUGUUCGAAAACAUGGGGAGGCCUUGGAUUGCAAUGGAGUCGAAUGCUUCAGGUUGGGCUUCCUAAUAAUCACUGCUGUUGCUGCUUUUGGUGCAAUGGCUUCAAUUAUAUUGGUGAUUAGGACAAGAAAGUUUUACAAAGGUGAUAUAUAUAAUAAAUUUCGAAGGGAAACCAAGGCAGCAGAGGAUACUGAAAUGGUUUCUACUACUAAGUGA